AUGUCCGUGGCGACACCAGCUCUAGUCCUGCUUUUUUUCCUCUUCGGCGUUAACGCAGUUGGUAGGUUUUUAUUUUAUGUUGGAGACCAGAAAUUAUAGACAUUUUCAGCAAAUUUUCAGCAACAUGAAGCCUAAUAUGAAAAGUUUUGAGGCCAAUGCAAUCUUUCGGAGCCGCCGUCAUCGUGGCUCGUGACGAAAGGCCUGGGAAUUCUCGAUUGGGCGACCGCCGGCGCCAACUCCAAUGGAACACAGUUCUGUAUUCAGGUUUCCCUCAAGAGAUUUCACAUUUUUCUAUUGAAUUCAGGGCGACCGUGCCGAAAAGUCCGUGGAAGUUGAUUAUCAUGUGGAUUUACCUGAUCAAAUUCAAAAGGCUCAACAUCAUCUCUCCAAUAAGCUUUACAGUGAGAAAUCGUCACAAUUUUUCAAAAAAUGUAAUUUCAGGCAACGAUUGCUUCAAUAAAGACCAUCGGAUACAAAUUUGCAUUCCAUUCUGUUGGAACGAAACAAUGCAAGACUCGGUAAUUUCUUAUGCCGUGUUCAAAGUGAUUCCGCGAAAUUCAAAAUAGCCGUCAGAGAAAGAGAAAGUUAACUAAAUUUUGGAGGGUCAGAGACCAUUUUGCAUUUCGCGGAAAUUACUUUGAACACGGCAUUAAGUUCUCUGUUUAUUUCCAAAAACAGGGUCCACAGACCAAAUUUUUUUUUGUGAAGAAAUGAUCGAAACAAGCGAUCGUGUUAAAAUGUUUUUUCUUCGUUUUUUUGUACAUGGAAUUUCCAGGUUGUGAUUUCUGUUUUGAACAGCGGCGACGCUACGACCAUCGUUCGGACUAUUGAGAGCGACCUGCAAACGAAUUGGGCAAUAACUGCCAUCAUGGUCUGAAAACAUCACCAGGCCUUUAGAAUUCGAUGGUUUCAGGUCGACUACAAUGAUCCGGCGGCUCAUCUAAACGCUUCGGUCUUCCUGGACCCAACAGUUUGGUGCAGUGUUUACAUCGGCGUCAAACCGAAAGUCGGAUUUCCCUACCUCUUUGAAGUACAAAUGGCGAAUGUGAUAAAAGAAUAAACAUCUUUCAAUUUGUCAAACUGCACCGAAAUAAAUUAAGUCUACAAAUUUUUCCUCGAUGUGAGGUCGAAUCGCUUGCAAUAUUAGAUUUUUCAUGCCAACGGACAUCUUUCUGUACUUUUUUUUUUUCAAUUUUUUGAGCAUAUUGCACAAAAUGAAGUCAUUAAGUUUUAUUCAAUAGUUACUUUUAUUCAAUUUUUUCUGCGAAUCCAUUGUAAAACCGUGGUUUUGACUUGCCGGGUCGCGUCUGUCCGAGAAACACAAACGAUCGCUCCCAGGCCGCGCUUUGUCUUUUACGGCCGUCAGGCAAAGAUGUUUUUUCAUUCAAAAAAUUUCUUCGAUUUUCUUCGCAUUUUUGCUUUUCUGCUUUCCUUGUGCUGUUCAAGACGUGAAAAAAAUUUAUGCUAACUUUUUUAUUCCAAAUUUAAUAGUUAAAUUUUGAACGAAAUUGAUUAUUUAAAAAAAAAUAGAAUUUUAAGUAUACCCGAAGUAUAAAUACUUUCAUCGCAUUUUAAAACAGUUUCCAUUUUUUUCAUAUAUUUUUUAAUGAGCAUUAUGUUCAGUCAAUCUCGAAAAGGUGUUGCUAGACACUAUUUAAGCAAGCUUCUGUAUGGAAACUUCAAAAUAUUUUAAAAUCAUUACGAUUGAAACUAUUUUACGAAAAAAGGAACAAAAUCAUCCGCUAAUUUUUUCUUUUUAGAAAUUUGAACAUUUUUGGAGUAAAUGGCUUUGUUUUAAUCUUUGUGUUCUGCUGGCUACCGGUUUAUAUAGUUGCUGUGUUCUCUAGAUGGCAGACAGAGGCGAAGGCGAUUGGUACCCUCCACAGGACGAAUCUCAGGAUUCCCUCGACGGACCUCUAUCUCCAGAUGAAGUCAUCGACGAGCUGCAGAAUCGCGUUUUGACUCCGGCCGGAGAGAUCGAAGAGCAAUAUAACAAUGACGUAGGUUCAAUCGAGGAUUCUCCUGCAUAAGUCUUGUUCCAGGCUGAAGAAAUGCAGCGAGAAAUUGCGUCUCCCGACCCUGAAGAGGUCACUUCUGGGCAUAGCACUCCUGGUCGUACCGCUGAAUUCACAAGAAAAGAACAUGGUAUUACUUUCAUGCUUUAUUUUCAAUAAAUAAUACAGAUGAAGAAGAAGCAGAAGAAGUUUCGGCAGAAGCUGAUAGCGCAGAUAAUCAUGCUCGAGGUGAUGCAGAAACUCGCUAAUUUUUUAUUUUCUUAUCGAAUUCAGCAAUCAAUAGCGAUGAGGAAGAAGAAGACGCAGAAACGUCGAGUCCCGAUAAGAAACGGAAAAGAGCUCGGGCGUUGAUUGAUUCAGACGAAAGUGAUGGUGAACCUGAGAGGUUUUAGAGAUCUAUAUUUUGGUGCUAAUCUCGUUUUUUUUUUUUUCAGAAGAGUUUCUGUCGCUUCAGACGCAUCCGACGGCGAAGAAUCACCUGAAAAGAAGCAAAAUGUAGUUUUUCUUCCUUCGGUCUCAAUUUAUCACGUAUUUUCCCAGGAGAGAAAAGUUCGAAAUCUUUUAUGUUCUUUAUUUUUUUUAUGAUCGGUUCAAAAUAAUCUUUCUGUAGUUUCGAAACAAUCGAAAACCAAUAAGUAGCUGAAAAAUGAGAAAAAAAAUAGUCCUUUCCAGCGUUAGUUUGGGUCUAGCAAGACACUUGCGCCUUUCAUAACCUCAACAAGGACUUUUGAAAAGACUGUAGCUUCCAAGGAUUAAUUCCAAGUUCGAUGUAGAGUUUUGAAAACUAAUAUUUUAUUCCCGUGUUAUUACUUUCAUUGAAAGGGGCUGAUACUUCGAAGUUCGCGGCAAUCCUUACUUUUCUUGAGACCUCAUACAAAUUAUGUGGGAAGAAAAGCUAGUUUCUGUUAUUUGAAUUUUCCAUAGAGGAAAGUUAUUGAGCUUUGAAAACUUAGGAAGGCGUUGUUUCGAGCGUAUUCGGUAACAGCGACGACGAAGAAGAGCGCGAGAAGGAGGGAUCAGGCGACGAGAGAGAAUUCGUAGAACAGGAGGAACGUCCAGAAGAGGAGCCCCCGAAGAGCAACGAAGGCGAAGACGACGACGACGAUGACGACGAGAUCCGGGACGGCGGCCGUCGAGGCAACGGGUCGGUUUCAGGAGAAAAAUCGUAAUCACAGCGGAAUUUUCAGUUUUGAAUGGGACUUCGACGUGAUGAUGAGAGAAAAGAAAGCGGAAAGGAAGCGAAAGACGAAAAAACGUGGCGACGGCGGCAUCGACAUCAUCAACGACGACGACGGCGAAGUCAUGAAACUCGUCGAACGCAUGAAGGCCGCUGCCAAGGUUUGUUUCCAAAAAAUAUUCUCUGAUUUCAUUUUUGACGGAAAAACAGUGGGGCUGCCACAUUUCUGGUUUUUUUCUAAUAACUUUUCUGCUUUCUGAUUAAAUUUUUUCGUAAAUUAGAAUGGAUGAAUGUUGCAUUCCAACUAUUUCCUGUCGUUAUAGUACCCAAUAGUCCAUUUCGACCAAGUACAUAAUCAAAUUGGAAAAAUGCGUAAAUGGAAAACGCGCUCUCGCUGUACCAUUACAGGAAUUAAUUUCUUGAUUUUUCGUGCAUUUCGCUUUCACGCCAAAUUAUUUUAUUGUAUUAGAAAAAAAUUUUAUUUUCUUCUAUUAAUUUGGAAUCUCUUUCUUCUGAAAAAAAGGUUUUCGUUUCAAUUUGUUUCAAAAAGCUUUUGUAGCUCAGAAGAAGGUAAAAUUAACGGCUAGAAACAAAAUUACUUCUUCGAUUUUCAGUAAGCACAAGAAAGGUGAUCGAAGCCGGAAGAUUUUUCUAAAAGAUUCGUAUAUUCUGAAAAGUUGAAUAACUUUCAAUUAUUCUGAUUUUUGCAAUAUUUUCAAAGAAAGUUUUAUAAUUCCAAUUUCUACACUGGUUAUAAACUGAAAAUUCCUCUCGCAAGUUUUUUGCAGAUUUUUUGGACUUUUCUACUGACUGCCAUCUCCCAUCCUUAUCAUUCAAGACUUGAGUUGGUUUCCAGGCGGAUCGCACUUCGAACAUGGAACGAAAGCCGGCGUUUCAAAAAGUGCGGAUGCUCCCAGAGGUGAAGGCGAUGCUGCUCAAGGUGACUCUGGCCCCAAACUCGCCACAAGACGUUCUUCCAGGCGAACAUGACGGACGUCCUGGUGGAGAACGGGAUGAUGGACGUGAUCUCGGAAUGGCUGGCCCCUCUUCCGGACAAAUGUCUGCCGGCCCUCGACAUCCGUCUCACUGUCCUCAAGCUGCUCCACAAUCCCCGCUUCUGGAAACUCGACAGGGUACGCUUCUUUCCGGAAAAGAUAUUAUAUUCAUAAAGCGUCAAUUAUUUCAAAGUUUUUUUGUUUUCAGUAUGAGGAAAAUUCUUUUUCUCAUUCUUAUCUACGAAUAAAAUAAAUAUUAAACGAAAAUUUGAAAAAAAUAUCGGGGUAUUUGCGAUUUAAUCAAAUUCAGAUAACUCACUCGAAAAAGAUUAUUUUCCAAUCUGGUGAAGCUAAUCUUUUGAGCUAUUUCCAUAUCUUAUUUUUUUCGAAUCGGUUUCAAAUCGCACUUGAAAAAAAUUAUAAUUUGAUCGAAUUGAAAAAAAGGUUCACAAACAUCGUAUAAAAAAAUUUUUUUGGUCAGUUUGAUUUAUUAAAAUGAAGGAACAAAGUUAUCCCAGCAACAAAAGAAAUUGUUGAGAGAAACUCAAGCUCUGAAUGAUAAUGCCAAUUUAAAAAAAGGCAAAACGCUUUUUUUUCAGAGUGUCCUAAAAAAGUCAGGUUUGGGAAAGGCGGUCAUGUUGCUGUACAAGCAUCCGAGUGAGACGAAAGAGAACAAAUCCAUUGCCAACAAACUGAUCGGCGAGUGGGCUCGGCCCAUCUUCCAGGUUUCCAUUCCUUCAGAAUUCAUUGUAUCUGCUUCCUGUUUCAGUUGGACACGGACUACAGCUCGAUGUCGCGUGAAGAACGCGUGGCCAGGGACAUGGACCGGAUGCCUUCCGUCAAGAAACAGAGGCUCAGGUCCGAUUCCGAAGUUUUGUGGUUUUUGGUUUCCAUCUCAGUCGAUUCGGACAUCUUUGGAUAGAAAUUUUCCCGUUUACUUUCUUCCUUUUUUAGAAAAAGUUUUUUAUUAUUUAUUUGACGGGCAUAUUUUGUAGCUUUAGAGGAAGAGAACGAUGAAAAGUCAGCCUCCACUUUUUUAAAGAUUUCAAUUUCAUUCUUUCAUUUAUUUGGGUUGAACGAUUAAUAUAGAACCAAAUUUAGAAAGUAUGGGAUCAAAAAUCAUUGAGAAAUCCGAGGUUAUAUCAUUAAAUAAUCAAAUUUCAGCUUAAAUUUCUUUUGAAGAACUCUUGGUAAGAACCAAAGAUCACCAAAUGAAGCCAUGUUUGUGACUUGAAGGAAAAUGACCACAGGUUUUUCAAAGUUUCUGAUAGUUUUCUUACAGCAUGGACCAAGAGGAGGAGGUGCGCGAAAGACGCGGAGUGACGGACAGCGGCCUUGGGCCUUCUUCCUCGGGCCAGCUCAAGCCCGGCGACAAAGGCUACAUCAAUCGGGCGCGCGUCCCGCGUCCUUCCACCAAAGACUACGUCGUUCGACCGAAGUGGAACGUCGAGGGAGAGUUCAAGGUAGCUUCAGAACAAACUAAGCAGUGUUGUAUGAAAAAAAAACUCAAGGCGUUCUUUUGUUAUUCUUUUUCUGCGACUUUUUUCCGUUUUUUCCCACAACUCGUUUGCUUCUCCGAAAGCAGUUUUUUGAAAAAAAAAAAGCAUCUUCCCUUUUUGAUCAAUUUUUAUUCAAUUCAAGUCAACUUGAAAUCUUUUCGAAGAGAAAGAGAAGAUUCAAUCCUUGUUUAUGUGAAAAAAAUUAUCCUAAUCUUUUGAAGGAUAUCUUAAGGAGAGGAAAAAACUGCGCAGAUUUAAUUUUAUCAUUUUGCAAAGCCAUUUUUAAGCAAUAUUUCUUUUUGGAACUUUUAAUGGAAUACCAUUUUUGAUCAAGCACCACUUUGAAAGUUUUGCUUUAGAUAUGCACUUUCAAAUCUUUCAACUUUUUUUUGAUUCGAGUUUUCUUUCUUUUUUUGGGAAAUCAAGGUUGCGUAAGUAGUCUGGGGAAAAAGUUUAUCUUUAUUUACAAGAAACCCAUAAUUGGAUAUCAAGAUUAAAAAAGAAUGUUGCAUGUGAAGAUUUUUUGGAGUUGCACUUUUAUUGACGCUUAUCACGAGUUUUAUUUUGCAGGGAGAGCGCAAAAGCACGGGAUCUUCGAGAUACGACCAGACGUUCCGUGACUUCGCCGAGCGGACGCGGAAGACCAAGGCGGCCCGGGCCGUCAAGGUGUCCCUUGAGGGCAGAAACAUGGCCAUCUGA